GGUCCCGUUAGCCACAGCCACAGCUGAUUUCACAUGUCUGUGACCGUGCCGCCGCGCGCUCGCUUCGUACUCCGCGAACGAAAAUGCCGGUAACUUAGAACUUUAAUCCGAUACGACAAAAACUAUUGUGGAUUUGUGACUUCCGUGUGUUUAUUAAAGCAAUUAGUGUAUAUUGGCCAUCCAUAUCAUACUACUUCCGUGGUUUUCACCAAUGUGAACCGAAUAUGAGAAGCGAAAUGGCGUACCGAGGGCUGUCACAGCACGUGGAGCUCGACAGGGCUGCAGACCCUACCGAUCGAUACACUUUGCAAGAUCUUAUAGGAGAAGGGACUUACGGGGAAGUCUACUGCGCCAGAGAUAAAAAGUCUGGAAAACGGGUGGCAGUUAAGAUUUUGGAAAACAUAGCUGAAAAUAUAGAAGAAAUAGAAGAAGAAUUCCUAGUCUUUCGGGAUCUAUCUAGUCAUGCCAACAUCCCUGAAUUUUAUGGGCUUUUUUUAAAACGUGGCAUAACUCCUGAAGAUGAUCAAAUAUGGUUCGUCAUGGAGCUGUGCACAGGAGGAUCUGUCACAGACCUGUGUGCAGGAAUGCGCGCACGAGGCACCAGUCUUACGGAACCGCAGCUGGCAUAUGUACUCCGAGGUACAGUGAGGGCAUUAACUCAUCUACAUUCACAUCGGUGCAUGCAUCGGGAUGUUAAAGGACACAACAUACUUUUAACCGAAAAUGCCGAAGUUAAGCUCGUCGAUUUUGGUGUAUCGUCACAUUUAGCUGCCACUAUUGCCAGAAGAAAUACAUCUGUAGGAACUCCUUAUUGGAUGGCCCCUGAAGUCAUAGCUUGCGAACAACAAUUAGAUCAAUCGUACGACUGUAGAUGUGAUGUGUGGUCUGUAGGUAUCACAGCUAUAGAGUUAGCUGAAGGAGAGCCACCCCUGUCUGGACUGCAUCCAAUGAGGGCUUUAUUUCAAAUCCCACGAAACCCACCUCCGAAUUUGUCCCACCCAGAACAGUUUUCGGCACAACUUGCAGAUUUCAUUUCUGAAUGUUUGGUAAAGGAUAUGAACCAAAGGCCGUUUGCACGCGAAUUAUUGGAGCACCCAUUGCUACUAGCAGUUAGUAGUUUUGAGGAAAAAAUUCGCAAAGAACUUCAAGCUGAAAUAAAACGACAAAGGGCUGAAGGUAGGAAUUGCCGUGCUCCAGAAGCAACAACAAAACGAGGAAAACUAAAAUCACACCGUAAAGCGAAGCCAGAAAAAAUGUACACUGAUGACUUAGCCACACUUGAAGUACUUACAGAAGAAGCAAUCGUUGAACAAUUACAAAAGAGAUAUUCACAGAAUCAGAUCUAUACUUACAUCGGAGAUAUAUUAGUAGCUGUCAAUCCUUUUACUGAUAUAGGAAUAUAUACAUUAAAGAGUCAAGAAACGUAUCAAGGUCGCUGUCGAUCGGAUAACCCACCACAUAUUUUUGCUGUAGCUGAUGCAGCACAUCAAGCACUUAUGCAUCAAAAGCAACAUCAAGCAAUAGUCAUAUCUGGGGAAAGUGGUGCUGGAAAGACUGAAUCUGCUAAUUUAUUAUUAAAACAAAUUGUUUAUUUAUCAAAGACGCAAAGUGGAAACCUUCAAGAUAAAAUUCUUCAAGUGAAUCCAAUAAUGGAAGCAUUUGGUAAUGCCCGUACUGGAAUCAAUGCAAAUAGUUCUCGAUUCGGGAAAUAUUUAGAUCUGUCUAUGAUGAGAGUGGGAAGGAUAUCGGGAGCUAGAAUAUCUGUAUAUCUUUUAGAACAAUCUAGAGUUGUCCACCAAGCAUUUGGUGAAAGCAAUUUUCACGUAUUUUAUUACUUGUAUGAUGGCCUUGAAAGCGAAGGGCGGUGGAGGAAGUUCUAUCUGGACGAUCAAUUCAAAUCAAGACAUCGAUACUUACAACCUUUGUCGGUAACUUAUAGGGAACAUAAUGUGUACCGAUGGCGUCAACUGAAUCAAGCCUUUAAGGUUGUCGGCUUUCACGAAGACGAGGUACAAGUUUUGUAUAAAAUGUUAGCUGCUAUAUUACACUUGGGAGAUAUUGAAUUCGCAGAGACAGCAGGGGAAGAUAACACAGAUAACAGAGCGACAAUAAUUGAUACAGCGCCAUUACACAGGGCGUCUUGUCUUUUGGGAGUGGAAACUGUAGAUCUUCGGGAGUGCCUAACAAGUAGCAGCGUAGUGACGAAAGGGGAAACUAUCGCCCGCUACUGUUCACCUUUCGAAUCUGCGGUAGCGAGAGACGCCACUGCACGAGGCCUGUAUGCGAGAGCAUUUGAUAGGAUUGUUGAGAGAAUCAAUGCUCUGCUUUGCCAUAAUCGGCCACAAAGUAAUGACCAAUUGUCUAUCGGCAUAUUAGAUAUUUUUGGUUUCGAAAACUUCACAAGAAAUUCCUUUGAACAACUCUGUAUAAAUAUUGCAAACGAGCAAAUCCAAUAUUAUUUCAACCAACACAUAUUCACUUGGGAACAACAAGAGUACAUGGCGGAAGGCGUUCCAGUAGACCUCGUAGAAUUUUCAGACAAUAGACCAGUUUUGGACAUGCUUCUGUCCCGACCGAUGGGCCUAUUAGCGCUACUUGAUGAAGAGAGCCGAUUUCCACGAUCAACAGACAGGAGUCUUAUUGAAAAAUUUCAUCGUAAUAUAAAGAGUAAAUUUUACGUGCGACCAAAAUCUGAUGCAAUUUGUUUCGCAAUCCAUCACUUUGCCGGGCGCGUUGUUUACCAAGCUGACGGGUUCUUGGAAAAGAAUCGAAAUUUCCUCCCACCUGAGGUUGUGCAAUUGAUGAGGCAAAGUCAAUACGAUGUCAUAAGAUUUCUAUUCCAAUGUCCGAUAACGAAAACUGGCAAUUUGUACUCGCCGCUCCAAGGAGACUUGGAUACCAGAACUUUAGACAGCCCUCUAUCUGGUGAUUUUCGGGAUCGCUUCAAUAGCCGUGGGCUUGCGUCUCAGUCCCGCGCUCAACAGACUGUUGCAACGUACUUCCGAUAUUCCUUGAUGGAGCUUCUGCAGAAAAUGGUUAGCGGCACACCUCAGUUCGUCAGAUGUUUGAAACCAAACGAUUCGAGAUCUCCAAAACAUUUUGAUUCAACAAAAAUUCUUAAGCAAUUGCGUUACACUGGAGUACUUGAAACUAUAAGGAUAAGACAGAAUGGAUUCUCGCAUAGAUUAACUUUUGAUGAUUUUUUGAAGAGAUACGGAUUCCUAGCAUUUAGUUAUAAUGAAGAAGUCAAACCAAAUCGAGAUACUUGCCGUUUAUUAUUAAUAAGACUGAGAAUGGAUGGAUGGGCGCUGGGCAAAUCAAAAGUGUUCCUCAAAUAUUAUCAUGUUGAGACUCUUGCCAGAAUUUAUGAACAAGAGAUAAGAAAAGUUGUGCUAGUCCAAGCGCGUGUGCGCGGCUGGCUCGGCCGACAGCGCUACCGACGACUGCGCGCGCAGCUCGCGGUGUCGGCGCUCACGCUGCAGCGCCACGUGCGCGGCUGGCUCACACGCAAGCGGCUGCAGCGGGAGCGCCACCAGCUGCUCGCCAGGGAGUUUACGCGCGAACAGGAUGAUAGGAAACAACAAGGUUUAUUGAACAAGAACAAAGCCAUGAUGAAAGCAAAGGUGCUCAGGCAAAUGACUUCGGAUGAGAACAACGACAGGAGCAGCAAUAACAAAGAGAAUUUAUCCGAUAAGGCAGCUGUAAUCAUUCAAAGCCACUACCGCGGUUACAACACGCGUCGCAAGCUGAAGAAGGGUCAGGCGCCGCCACCGCCACGCCACCCCGCGCCUCCUCCCCCCGGCCCCGCGCCGCAUCGCGCCCCCGCGCCGCCCGUGCCCCGCUCCCCCGCCCCACCCGCGCACUCGGUGCACGAGCGCGCGGCGCAACUGCAGAUAUUCGCUGAACGGGUUCACAAUACAAACCAGGAGAUUCACAAAAAUCUUCGUCGUAAUAAGUCCGGGAUUCGUUUGAAUGAAGUCAGUAAGCCUCCCGAAGAAUAUCGUCCUCCGCCCGGCUUCACACUGGUCCCAGCUAUCAUUAGAGGACAACCUUCCAAAAUAGAAGUAGAAGCAAGUAGACUAUCGAGUCCGUCGCCUGAAUUUCUAGUGAGUCCCGGUAUCCCAUGGAAUAACGAUUUUUAUGAUGAUAAUAAUAAUCAGGCACUUUUCAGAAAUCAAAGAUCCUCAAACCCAAAUUAUGGCGUCGAGAAACCACUUCAAAAUAACCAGAACCGGCAAAAUCUGCCCUGCAACAGGCAGUGUGGAGGUCUAGUCAGUGAGGAAAUAUUGCAAGGCAACAAAAUAAUAGAACUCGUGAAAAAGUCACAAAAGGCCGAUCCGCCCCCGCGCCCCGUCUACAGCCCAGCUUAUGAUCCCGAAUCCGAUUUGAGGAAAAUCUUAAGAAACUCACCAGAAAUGCUCGCAAAACCCAUAUUUAGUUCGGACGAUGACUAUGGACCUUUUCGUUUUAAACAAUUACUUCGACCCACCGUUGGUCCAACAGAAAGUCUGAGAAAGAGGAAAGUCAAAACUUCCCCUGGUCAAAGCCCUUGGCUAUCUGAUAGUUCACAGGAUAGUAAUACCUCUAAAGAACUAUACAACAAGCGUCGACCCCAAAUAAGUAUGGGAGUGUAUUAUAACUAGAGUCAAUACAAAUUUAGAUGGUCAAAAAUACAUUUUCAACUAAUAGUUUUGUAGUUUAGAGCUAUGUAGGAACGAAAUAUGCAAAAGCCGUCCUAUUGUAGAUAUGCUUUUAGGAUUGAGGAUCUUAAAAUAAUGCCAGAUAGCACUUCUAGUUAUUAAUUAUUUUUGGGGUUUUCUUUAAAAUUGGUUUUAAUAUAAAUUAAUUGCAAAAAAUAAGCUGUACUUUAACUAACUGUCAAUUCAAAUACUUAAAAUCAAGGAAUCUUUUGUAACUGGACUAAAUAAUAUUCGAAUAAAAUUAUGGUCUCAAUGUACUUAUAAAAUAUAAUUGAUAAUUUAAUUUAGAAAUGAUUACCAAAGUGUACUUUAUUUGUAAGAAUAGCUACUAGCAUUAAAAUCACUAUGAAUUGAUUAGCACUAAGAUAUUUUGAAUAUGAGAGUGUGUUGUAACAUUUGAUACCUACAUAUAAUGUUUAAAAAUAUACCUUUAUUAAUUUAUUUUUCACAUACGUGCAUAUAUUUGUUUAUUUAGAAAUAUUUUUGUAGCGUGUUUUUUUCUGCGAUUGCUGAUUGUCAUAUCCAUAUUAAAGAUACGCAUCAUCGUUGAAAUUAAUAUUUAGUAUGUGAUAAGUAAAAUCAAAUUAUUGCCUAUAACUAAUUUAUAUUUAAGCUAUUAAAAGUAAUUGCAAAUACUAGUUCUUUAUAUAUUAUUUCACUCUUGUACUAUCUUAUAAUAUCUGAAUUUUAUUUUUUAGCUGAUCAUUGACAAGUUUUGUGAUAAUGUGCCAAUGAUUAUUGUAAGGAAUUAUUGAUGAAUAAUUUUAUCUUAAGUGUUAAAUACAUAUGUGAUCAAUAAAUU